CGGAGCAGCUCCGCGGGGUUGUCUGCAGCAGUCCCCGGCUCUGUGCGCUGCCGUGGCCGCUAUGGAGGGUCUGGAGGUCCCGAGCACAGCAGCUCAUCCCCGCUCCGCGCGGAGCAGGACUCCGCUGUAGAAAGACUGUUCCCCACAAAAUGCCAGAAAAUGCCAUGACUCCAUGGUGACAGCUCUCAAGCAGAGCCAGACUGACGGGGCCGGGCUGAAGAGGAGCUGUAACGUCCACGAGACCCGAGUUUGGACUCACUGCAGAGGAUCUUUCCAAAAUAAAAAAAAAAAGAUUGAAAUCUUUAAAUAAUCUGCAGCUUUUGGGUUGCCUGAAACCGCUCUUUUUCUUUUUUCUCUGUAACACUAGAAGAGAUGUUACAGUGCUUUCUUUUCUUGUGUGCAUCCUAUUUAAAUUCUUUCCCAAAAGCCCAGAGGAGAAAGUUUUUAAUUUUUUUUUUGUAAUUCAAAGAUUUCCUGGAUCAUUAUGCUCAAGAUUUACCAUUUCUCACUGAAAGGAUACUGAACUACUUAACAUCGUUUGGUCUGAAAGGACCCGUGCAUCGGUGUCAGGAUGCACCAGCUGUUCAGCCGGGUGCUUGGCCAGAGGGAUCUGUCGAGAGCGGGGGAUCUGUUUUCUCUAGAGGACACAGAGAUUGAAGACUGUCUCUCUCAAGCUCUGGACCAGAUCAAGGCCAUCUCCUGCUCACCAGACUAUUUAACCAAUGACAACGACCAAGCUGUGGUGGAGAUUUGCAUUACACGCAUCACCACGGCGAUCAGAGAGACCGGGUCUAUCGAGAGACACAGCACAGCACUGGUGGGACUCUGGGAGUCCUGCCUGGAACAUAACCUCACUCCUCAAGGUGAAAACACUGAAGACACUCCCCACGCCAAGAUAGCCUCCGACAUCACCAGCUGUAUCCUGCAGAACUACAGCUGCCCGUCGGUCAUGGUGCUGGCGGUCCCGGUGGCGGUGCGGUUCCUCCAGAGGGGGAACAGAGAGCUGAGCAGGAACAUGUCCAGUUACCUGUCCCUCGCUGCCAUAGCCAAGGCGGAUCUGCUGGCCGAACACACCGAGGCCAUAACCGUCAGCGUGCUGGGAGGUAACCACAUGCUUCUACGAGUGCUGCCCUCAGUCUACCCCAAACAACCGGAUACCAUCCACCAUCACAUGGGCAACCUCACGGCAAUGAUGUCACAACUUGAAUCCCCAGAGCAGCAGCACCUGAUCAGACUCAUUCAAGUGGUUGCUGAGCAACAUCCACUUAUGUUGAGCGCUCACGUGCCCGCGCUGGUCAGUUACCUGAGUGACCACUCUCUGACGGAGGCUCUGCUGGGCGCUCUUGUGGACGUGUCACAGGCCAGUCCUUCCUCGCUGCUCAGCUUUUUACCCACACUGAGGAUGGUGGGACAACAGUCUACUGCUUUCCUGGGCCAUGUGGCCAAAAUCCAUGGUGCUGUGGGCAUCAUCGGCGAGACUCCUGCUCACAGCUCCCUGGUGUAUCUGGUGUCCCUGCUGGGCUGCAUGGAGCACAGCUUCCACCACGUCCUGCUGCUGGAGAUCAGGACUCUGACGGACCGCUACCCGUCUCUGCUGGGGGGCUGCGGGAAAGACAUCUACCGGAUGAGCAACUCCUUCACCGCUAUAGCCAGACUCCUGGGGAGACGGCUGGAGGAGCGAACGGCCACCGACUGCAGGGUUGACGAGGCCUCUCUUCAAGCUGCCAGAGUCGGAGGGGCAUCGGAGCAGCGGUUACCGGUGAAGAUCCAGAGCGCGGAGGAGAAAAUGGGGGCAGUGGGUGAAGAGGAGGAGGAGGUGGUGGAGGACUCACCUUCUCCUCAGCGACGCUACAGCCUGAGCCAAGCUGUCAGGGAUGAGAGGCAAGAGACCAGAUUUAACAGGUCAAAGAGCCUGGCUCUCCACGCUGUGCGUUCUCGCUCCAUCAACUCGGACACUGGGGAGGACGGUGAAGAGGUCGAGCUCAGCACAGACAACAUGCCUAGCAGUACUUUGCCUAAUCAACACUCAGAAAACCGUGACGAAUCCCACACUGAGAGGAAGCUGACAGGUGACGGCUCCUCAACGGUCACCGCUCCACUGAAAAAAGCGGACAAGGACGCUGAGAACUGUCAAAACAGAGAGACUGACAGGACGAAAGGAGAGCAGGUGGAGGAAGACAGACUCUUCACUCAUUUAAGAGACAAUAUGGAGAAGAUCAGAGAGUUCUGUAAAGACAUGGAGCAGGUGAUCCCCAUCCCGGAGCAGUGUGUCAUAGAAGCAGAUUCAAAUCGGGGGUGUGUAGCCAAGCUGUGGUUCUCCUGCCCUCUGAAGGGCCACUACUGUCUUUACGCCAAGUCCUGUUUCAACCUGACGAGCCGACAACCUCAUCUUUGGAUUCACGUCAUGCUGCUGCAUCUGCAGAGCAAGUCCAGCGUCCCUCUGCGCUCCAGAGACGAGAGCAUCCAGAGACUGGCAUCUCUUUGGGAGAGGGCGCAGCUGAAAGGAUCCCACAGUUUUCCGAUGGCCAUGACCCAGCACACCACCCCACACAGGAAGGACCUGGACAACCUUCAGAUCCAGCUGGAGGAGGUGCGUUUCUUCGACCUGUUCGGGUACAGUGAGGACGAGGGAAGUUGGCUGUGCUUCAUGUGUAACAACCCUGAAAAGGCCACAGUUGUGAACCAGGAGGGACAGCCUCUAAUUGAAGGGAAGCUAAAGGAGAAGCAGGUUCGCUGGAAGUUCAUUAAGCGCUGGAAAACCCGCUACUUCACCUUGGCAGGAAAUCAGCUGCUCUUCCGCAGGGGCAAAUCAAAAGAUGAGCUGGAUGACAUCCCUAUUGAGCUGAGCAAGGUGCAGAGUGUCAAGGUGGUAGCCAGGAAGCGCAGGGAUCGAGGUCUGCCACGGGCCUUUGAGAUCUUCACCGACAGUAAGUCGUACGUGCUGAAGGCUCAGGAUGAGAAACACGCCGAGGAGUGGCUGCAGUGCAUCAACGUGGCCGUGGCUCAGGCCAGAGAGAGGGAGAACAGGGAGGCCACCACCUACCUGUGAGACCAGCACCCACACCAACAUGGGCGCAGACGUGGAGCCGCUCCUACACCCACUGGCUUCACGGGGCGUUUCCUUUAUAAACAUUCACGCACAACCACAGCGGCUGACAGGAAGAAGCAGCAAUCAGAGUUCACCCGUGGAAAACGCCCCCAACACUCGGUGCCUGGAACACUUCAUUAGCACUGGAAGUUUAUGUCUGUAAUCUGCAGUGUUGAUCUGCAGCACUGAUGAUGAUGGAGCGUUGCUGCUUUAAAACAGUCAACAAUCAGGAAGAUUUGUUCUCAAGUAUUUUUUUUAAAUUAGAAUUUGAAACCAGCAAAGAAACUGACUUUUUACGUGUGUAUCCAGCAAGAACAACACGUCCGUUGUUCAAAUGCCGAUUCCCGAAUCUGCUGUUACAUUAAACCAACGAAAGAUGAUAUAAAAACAGAUGCAUGAAGAACAUGCAUCUGGAUCUCUGGAAAUGAAUGUUACGGUCCAGAAGUGUCAGCGGUUUAAGUUAGAUCUGUAGCCUGACUUUAGCCACACAAACGGUCCCUCUGCUUCGGGUUAUUUUCCAAAGACCAACCAAACCAGCAACUGUGGAAACGCAGGGUUUUCUGGGUGAAACAGUCAUGAAUGAGACGUUUCUGAGUUCAGAGCAGCAAUAAACAACUGAAGCACAGAGCUCAGUUCCACUUGUAGCAAUAAUGGACUGAAGAACACCUCUGACAAGCAAGAAAAGUGAAGAACUCAUGGAAGAAAAGCACAUCCGAUACUGGAAUUGUGUGUGUGAGUGAGUUUGAGGGGGAGUCUGAAUGUGGAGACAUGUUUCAGGAUAAAUCUUUGUUUAUUUCUUUAUCACCGAUGAAAAUGUUACACAUUAUGAAAAAAGAAAAUGCUUGAAAGCACGUGUUUGAAGUGAUAACCCCCCCGCACCCCAAAAAAUACUCAACUUUGUAAUUUUGUUGAGUCUUGAAAAUAUGUAAUUGAGAUUUGAUUAGUGCAGUGACAUCCCAGAAUAAUAAUAGAAUAAUAACCAGGCCUCCCCACCUGCAACCGCCCAGUUUCACAUUUGCUGUCCUUCCCAAUGCCGGCACAAAGCUGCUAAGUUGAUUUCAAAAGCAGCAAAAGAGUGAUUUUCACUAUAUUAUAUUUAUUUUGACUAACAUGACGCAGAUAUAUCAUUAAGACAUGUGAAGUUGUGUAAAUCUUUGGUAAAAUAUGAAAAAGAACCAUUUAUGCACAUACAGUUUAUUGUUCUCAUAUGAAACAUGUAAUCAAAUGUGUUGAUAACAGUCCAUACUGUCCAGCUCCAGUCCUGCAUGUUUCAGAUGUUCUCCUGCUACAGAUAACUGUCAUUACCAGACGUGUGCAGACCUUGAUGACCAGCUGAUCACAACUUUUAUCAGCUGUGUAAAAGUAAGAAAACAUCUCAAAUGUGCAGGAAAGCAGCUCCUGAAGAGUUCCACACCUGUGGACUAGCAUGUUUUAUCUUUCAUUACGUUUUUCUGAGCUAUCCGAACCUGGUUUUGCCAAUACGACUAAAUUGACAUGUGUGGAAAAGUCCUUAAAAAUCAGUGCAGUGCUUAGAUUUCUGUUACCUUCCAAUAUAAAACUGCUAAAAUGUGAGCGUUCAAUAGGAACAAGAAUAACAAAAGACUUUCUAUGGUGCUUUGAUGGGAAACGCUUCAAAACAUGGACAUUCCCAAGGUGGAAACCCAGCUGCCACGGUGUGAUUUUUCUCUGGCAUGAAUGCAUCAUGUCUGCUAACAGCAGCCAGGCGCACAGAGACUCCUUCAUGAUAUUCAUUCACCAGAUGACAGAUAACACAUUGAGUCAUUUAAGCUUUAAACCGCCUGCAUCAGUUCAGCUGUGGAAAAUCACUUAUUUGACAUUAAGUCUAAUUAUGAUGUUUAUCUGAAUACAUGACAGAUUGUCUGUGUGUGUGUGUGUGUGUGUGUGUGUGUGUGUGUGUGUGUGUGUGUGUGUGUGUGUGUGUGUGUGUGUGUGUGUGUGUGUGUGUGUGUGUGUGUGUGUGUGUGUGUGUGUGUGUGUGUGUGUGUGUGUGUGUGUGUCGGGGGGGUUGUUCACUCACCUCCUUGCCAUAGAUUUGCUUAAUAAUGAAUGAUUAAAUACUGGAAACCUUUCUUGUUCUCUAAAGACGUUUAAGUGGUCUAAUUUGAACUCUUGUGAUCGACAAGAGCUCUCCUCGGUCAUGGUUUACCCCAAAACUCUUUCAGCUGUGCACGCAGUCAUAACACAGGAUUAGACACUGGCUCCUACCGCUGUCCCGCUCGCCCACACCCCGACGCAGCAGGACUAACUUAUGCCGUAUUAUUUACAUCGUCCCUCUCAUUCUCAAUCACUCCAUAGAUCUACGGCCUGCAGAUGCAGCAGGCUGCACCCCAAAGACGGGGGAUUCCCACUAUGAUUUCACUGCUUUUCUUUCUUUUCCUUCAUAAAACAGCAAACAAUUGUAGGAAUCGUAAUGUCACAACAGAUACUGGAUGGAUUUGGGUGAAAUCUGGUUCAUUUGAUACUCGUGGUCCUCAGUAGAUCAGCACUACUGUAAGGAGCUUCCUGUGCUGCGUCACAGAAGGUGCAUAUUUACAGUUUCAGGUGAAAUUAACAAACUAUUAAUGCCAUAAGUCAUAUUGGGAUGACAAAUGGAGCUCUAUUUGAAGGUUAAAUGUUAAACAUAAGCAUGUAGGGGUUAUACUGUAUGAAUGCUUCUCAAUGUAGCGCUCAUAUAACAUGUUCCCUUUUUUGUUUAACAGUGAACAAACCCAUUGAAAUAUUAAAUAUUUCCAUUGUUAACCAUAUUCCAAGAAGCAAAUGUUAAGUGUGCUGCUUUCUCUGUGAAGUUCAGCUCCUUCUGUCUGCUGGAUUCUUGAUGUUUGAGGCAGAUCUUUCAUGAAGUCUGCAGAGUUGUCUAAAAGCGAGAUGCUUCAGCUGUCGGCAUGGUUUCAGCCUGGUUUCCAAACCUCUGGAGCUGCUGCUUUUCAUAGAAGAACUGUUGUGUGUAAGGUGCUUUCCUCACACGAAAUAUAAUUGACAGCAGCUCUGCAAGUAGUCUAGAGAAUAUAUAGCGUAGCAUCUCUCUAUUUCAGUUUGUGCAAGAGCAGCUGAGCAGUUACCGUCACUGUUAGAGCACAAUAUAAAUAUAUGUGGAACUGCUGUAGAUUUCAACACUGUGGAGAUAAUCAAUACAAGUAAGAAAUUAUCACAAUGGAUAAAAUCAGAUCAGCCUUGUGUAAAGAAUCAUAGAAGUAUCUUCUUUUGUUGAUUGUUUGACUUCGAUAUAUGAUCAGUAUUUAUUUAUACAGAUGUUAUAAAGCAGUGAUCAUGUCUGAAAAACUACUGAAACAAAAAUAGCAGAUUUUACAUUAACUGACUUACUGUAUUUUCCAGUUUUUGCAUAACUGACAAUUAAUUCUGGAAACAAUUGUUGUAUUAUGUUAACAAAUACGCUGAUCUAUUUCUGAACUGUAAAACCUGCCUGUUUUACCUCUUAGCGUGUCUGCCUUCUUGUAUUUCUUUAAAAGAGUAAUUAAAAGAGUAAUUAAAUAUGUACAAUCAAUGACUUUAAGGUUUCUCUUGUCAUUCUCGUACGUUUUAGUGGCAUUUACCCUUAAAUGUAUGCAGAGCACACUGGGAUCCUGGAUAUUUAUUCAAAUUUUUUUUGAACCAAUAAACCAGUAAUC